GUUUACAUGAGCAGCUGUCGACGGAGCGAACCUCGGGAGCGGAAGCGAAACACCUUCUCCGUUCUGUGGAAAUAGAGAGCAAGGCUGACAUUACCUCUGAGGGUUUGUUUGGGAUAGUGCAGAGGCUCAUUAAACCGCAGGAGGUCUAUCGCUGUUGCUUCCGGCCUUGCGUGGGGGAGGCGCGAUACCGCACGUGGUGUAACUGCAGCAUCAACACGAUCGUCCGGGAUGGAAGUGUUAAAUUGUAAAGGAGCUGUUCUGAGCAACUGUGAGGUCUAUGCUCUCCUGCAGGAUUUGUGUAGGCAAGAAAAAGGCAGAAAAAGUAUGAUGAAGACACAAGCAGACCUUGCCAAUAUUGCAUUUGAAACCAUGAAGUACCUUGAAAAGACAGCUUGCAGAAAUCAAAAUGCUGAAGUAAUACAAGGUUUCCUACAAGCUGUGAAAGAAUUCAAACUCACCAAAGCAGAAAAACUACAGUUAAUCAACUUACGUCCAACAACGCCAGUGGAAAUGCAGCUUAUAAUUGAAGACAGUGAAGAAAGACUAAGUGAGGAACAAGUCGAAGAGUUAAUUGGGCUGGUAGAGCUCCACCUGCCAGAUAUUGAUAACCCUCAAACAUUAGUAAACGGUACACCAGGGAAAUAGUUGUUGCUGUCUCUGUUUUCUUUUCUUUUAUUAUUGUUAUC